AUGCGAGUGCAAGAGUUGCGAGAGACGAAAAAAGAACUCAGGCUUUUGAAAUGCGAGAAAGAAGGUCUCGACAUGGCCCUUGAGCUAACAAUUAAGGAAUCUGCGGUCCUCCUUGAAAAACUUGAAAAGUCCUCUGGCGAAUUCCGAAAACUUGAAAGGGCAUACCUCGGCGAAACCGAAAAACUUCGCCGCCAAAAUGAAAUACUGGGUGAUACUCGUAGAGAGUUAAUUGAGACAGUCGAUGAGAAUGAGCAAUUGGUGAGGAGACUGACAAAAAUGCAGAGCUGGUCUGACCGUCUGAAUGAUGAGCAAACAAAACAGAUUAUGCGCCAGUUGUAUCACGAUCUUGAAAGGUGGGCUAAGAAUCACUUCCACCGUCGCAAUUUUGAGGGCCUCUCUAGAUCUGAUGCCUUAUCAUGGUCCUCCUCUGAUGACCUGAGCACUUUCUAUGCCAUAUACUCGACUGUCUCGCACGGUAUAUUUGAGGUUUAUCUUUCGCGGAUGAUGGUGGGCGUCAUAAACUUUGAGCUGCAAGAUAUCUUUCGUCAAAUUUAUGGCGAGAUUCGCCGCGCAUGUCCAACGCACGUCACGCAAAAUUGGCAUUCCGCAAUGAGCACAGCGUUAUCUUCGAUUGGGGCUGAAGAGGUUGAGGCAGAUUAUAAGGCCUUCAUUGAUACCUUUGAAACUCAGUAUGGUCAAUACUCCUCGACUGACCCUGAAAAGCGCCGAGAACAAUUGGAGGUAUUGCUUCGCAGAUUUGUGGAGUUUAAGGGAAGAUUGGAACAGCAAAUUUAUCUUUACACCUUUGAAUGGAUCAGCCCUGCUUCUCAGUUUAGCGAAGGCAAGAUGAAGAACUUUACUGGGCUCUGUUCGUCUGCGGCUGUUGUUCAAAGGACUCUGUGCCCUGUUCUUUAUAAGGUUCCACCUGAGGGUGAGUUGAUAUUGGUAGAGAAAGGGGUGGUGACCGUGACGCCGUAUAUACGGCCUCUGGAGCCUGAGCCUGACGCCACCAAGGAAAAUAUAGAGGUUGCUUAUUUGGAGCUGGAGGAUGGCUUUAAGAUGGAUGUUACUCCAGAGCCAGAUCCAAUGGAGGAUUCUCUUAUUUCCCUUCUUUAG